UAGCUAAAUUUUAAAGUAAUACUCUCCUACACUACACCUAGGCCAAGGUAAAAAAGAUAUUAACCACCGUGAGUAAACUACCUAGUACCUUGUAACAGAAUCGGGUCGGGUUGUGACAUGACCCGAGUCAUCAAUCGGAUCUAUUUAUCAUCCCUUUAAACGAGCAGCAGAGCAACGAGAAAGUACAGAAGAGAAGAGACAGUUGAUUGAUGAUGCAAAGCAGCAAUGUUUGGUGUGAAUCGUAUCUCGCAUCAUUUUCGUGACUGUGAAUUCCAUUUUCACAACUUCGGUGUUGGUUUCAGAUUCCAUCACACUUUCCAUCUUCCUCUCAAACCUUCUUCUUUCGGUGCUAUCAUCGCUACUACUACUACUACUCACAACCGUAGCAAAUGCUAUUCUUCUGGUACCCCAUCUAAGUCUUCUGGGGAAAUUCCCCUCUUUUUUGAUUCUUUCAGCCAACAAGAAGAUGAACGUGAAAUUCUCUCCGACGGUGUAUCUGCAGUGGCAGGUGGAGUUGUAGCGUUGGGAAAGUUUGAUGCUCUGCACAUAGGUCAUCGAGAACUUGCAAUUCAAGCAUCACGGGCUGGACCUCCGUUUCUUUUAUCAUUUGUUGGCAUGGCAAAGGUUUUUGGUUGGGAACAUAGAGCUCCCAUAGUGGCUAAAUGUGACCGAAAACGCAUUCUUUCAUCUUGGGUUCCUUAUUGUGGUAACAUGGUCCCAGAAGAGUUUCAGAUUGAGUUUUCGAGCGUGCGGCAUCUCAGUCCGCAACAAUUUGUCGAGAAGUUAUCAAAAGAGCUUAAAGUGCAUGGCGUUGUUGCAGGUGAAAACUACCGAUUCGGAUAUAAAGCAGCUGGUGAUGCAUUGGAGUUAGUAAAGUUGUGUGAGGAGUAUGGAAUGGAAGCUUACAUAAUAAAAUCUGUUAUGGACAAGAACCAAUUCUCUACAAAUAUAAAUUCCAACACUGGCUCCAAAGAGAGGGGACAGGUCUCGUCUACUCGUGUUCGUGAAGCCCUUGCUGUAGGGGACAUGAAGUAUGUCUCCGAGCUUUUGGGUAGACAACAUCGUCUCAUAUUAAUGGCCACUGACCGAGAAAGGUUUAGCUUUAGCCAGUAUAAGGUGUCUGCUCCUAAAUCAUGCUUGUUGAAUCUAGCACCAAAGGAAGGUUUAUAUGAGAAGUGUUCACUUUUACUUGGUGAAGAAAAUGUUAUGCUAUGUAGGGUAAUUAUUGACAGCAAGUUUGUCCAUAUAGAAACAGAUUACGGAGGUUCGAGUGAUAUUUUUGGUACUCACAAUUUGCAGUACUUGCAUAUUGAAUUUGGUGAUUCUAGCACUUGAUUCAGUUUUGAUAAUGUUUCUAUUUAAAUUCUUAAUCUACUUAAUUACACACUAUAUUCUUAUCUCUCCCCAAAGUGCUUCAGAUGAAAAUUCUAUGUCUUAAAGCUGAUAUAAGUGAGUAUAGAUUAUACCCUUUUUUCCCUUUAAUGUAUUCAUGUCUAUAAGUUAGUCAAUUAUGAAA